GAUUGGCGGCGGUGGGUGGCGAGCUGGUUAGUACCGGCCGGUUUCCGUCCCAUUCGAGUUCUGGACGCCGUCGAGAGUGGUCGUCCCGGUUGUCGAUUGCGCGCGCGCCGGCCCUCGCAGGGUUCUUGUAUCAUCGAUCGAUCGUUUGCGCGUCUCCGAGUGGCUGUUGUCUCUAAAUUAAUCGAUUACGCGAAGUGAUAUUCCUCCGCGCCGCCGUCGUCGUCACCAUAAAAUAAAUUAAUUUAAAUUGUUCGCGAAGCGUGGCCCGGCGGCAGUAGCUAAAAGAGAGCAAAAGUGAUCUUCCGCAAACGUGCAAGAAGGAGGAAGGAGGGCAACCGCCACCGCCCGCCGCCAACCAGAACAGAACAAAACGUAAACAAAGAUUCGCCAGACAAAACGUUGAACCAUGUUGUACCACUUGAUCAGCGUUUCGCUGAUAAGAGCGCUCCUCCUGCUGCUCACUGUUCCAUCAUCGCUCGGGGAACCCGACAAUGGCCAGCGACCUCACAUCGUCAUCAUCAUGGCUGACGACAUGGGCUGGAACGAUGUCGGUUUCCACGGAUCCAAUCAAAUCCCAACGCCAAACAUCGACGCGCUGGCCUACGAUGGCAUAAUCCUCAAUCGACACUACACCGCUCCGAUGUGCACUCCCUCGAGGGCAUCCAUGAUGACCGGCAAGAAUCCGAUCAGCAUAGGGAUGCAGCACUACGUGAUUGUUUCCGACGAACCCUGGGGCCUCGGCCUGGACCAGAAGAUCAUGCCGGAGUACUUCAAGGAAGCCGGCUAUCGGACGCAUCUGGUGGGCAAGUGGCAUCUGGGGUUCUCGGCGAAGCAGUACACACCGACCAUGAGAGGCUUCGACUCGCACACCGGAUAUCUGGGGCCAUUCGUAGACUACUGGGAUUAUACAUUGCGUUUAUCGCCUCCGAAAAGUUUUGAUGGUUACGAUAUGAGGAAGAAUCUGGACGUGGAUUACGAAUCAAAUGGAACCUACGCUACGGAUCAUUUCACGGCGGCAGCGUCGUCCAUCAUCGAACAACAUGAUACAAAAGAUCCCCUGUUUCUGAUGGUUAACCAUCUAGCGCCACAUGCGGCCAAUGAUGAAGACCCGCUACAGGCUCCUGAGGAAACCAUCCGGAAGUUCGACUACAUUUCAGAUGAAAAGAGAAGGAUCUAUGCUGCCAUGGUGUCCAAACUAGACGACAGCGUAGGGCAGAUCUUCAACAGUCUAAGGUCUAAGAAUAUGCUAGACAACUCGAUCAUUCUGUUCAUGUCGGACAACGGAGCACCAACGGAGGCGUUACAUGCGAAUACCGGAUCGAACUACCCAUUGAGAGGGAUCAAAAGUGUUCCAUGGGAAGCGGCAACACGCUGCGUAGCGGCCAUCUGGAGUCCACUCCUGCACGAGAGGCAGAGGGUUUCAAACCAGUUCAUUCACAUCUCCGACUGGUUGCCAACCUUGGCCUCGGCCGCAGGCAUAGACAUCCCCUUCUCCAAAGACCACUCGGAAAUUGACGGCAAAGACCAGUGGGAAGCCUUAUCCUACGAUACGGGUAACCCCCGACGCGUAGUCCUGAAUAUGAUCGACGAAAUCUACGGCUACAGUAGCUACAUGGAGAACGGCUUCAAGUUCAUCAACGGCACCUUCUCCAACGGAGCUUACGAUGGAUGGUACGGACAGCUCAACUUCUCAGAUCAACUCCUCAGCGACGAUGAAUACAUCGACUUGGUCCUGCAAACCCCGAUCGUCCGAUGGGCUGAGGACACCAUUUCCAGGGAUACGAUCAAAUAUAUGCGGAGACACGCCCGCGUCAACUGCGGCUAUCAACCAGAUGCUCACAAAUGCAAUCCACUGAAGCAAUGCCUUUUCGACAUCAUCAACGACCCGUGCGAGUUGAACGACCUUUCCCACAAGUUCCCCAUCAAGUUCCAGGAACUUCGCUCAACAGUACAAACCUAUCGUCGGAAGGCCGUUAAACCUCGCAACAAACCUGGAGACCCGGCAGCAAACCCGGCCAACUUUGGCGGAGUGUGGACGUGGUGGAGGCGGGACCUGACCCUGGAAGAACUGGCUGAAGCCGAACUUGACGAACGCCAGGCCUAUCUGCCGAUUCCACCGCCUCACUCGAGUCUGCCGGAGAGCGUCCGAUUGCCAGUAAUUAUCUCCAUUGUCGUUGUCGGGGUCCUCUUCGUCUCCGGGGCCCUUCUUUAUAUGUCCAAUAAAAACCUGCUGCGACUCUGCUCUAGGUCCAAGGAAACCGCAUCGGAAUCGACGGUGCAAACUACCGAUUUGUCCCAAUCGGAGAGUGACGGUAAGCUUUCGGACGUGUUCGCUCAGCCCCCGCUGCCGUCGUCAUCCCUGACGACCAGUCCCAAGGUAUAUCAAAUCAGUAAUAGCCGACAUGAUAGGUAUUGAAUUUGGACUUGGUAAGGGUUUGAAUUGAGAUUGCACCGUAUCGGUACUAACACCCUUCAACCCGACGAGGUUUACAUAGGUCGUAGAGGUUGAGGCACUAAUCAAAGGUAUGCUACACUGUAGAUACUCGCUAUGAGCGAUGCACGACUAACUUGCGGGCAAUGUUUGUACAUAUUAAUAGGGAUUGCACUAAGCUUUAGCUAGGUUUGUAAGGGAAUUCUCCACUAUCGGAAUUGAUCAUCACCCUUUCCAUUUCAUGUCAUCUGCCAUUUUCAUUCUUUGCAGGGCCAAACGAACGAUUUUAUCAGGAUAAGAUCUCGCUGUGAACAUUCAGAUGUACUUAUUAAAGCAAAAACGACUUUCA